UGGAGCUUGGAGCAUCAGCAGCUCUCCGGAGCUUCAAGGAGCAACAACGAUCCUCCGAGCGUUGAAGUCUCUGACUACGGUGAACCUACCAUAGGAAACACAGAACUGCUUCAGUGAACACGUACAGGAUGCGGCGCACACGACACGUUGCGCUGCCAGUGAAGGCUUGGCAGUACAUCGGCCUCCUGAUAGUGUCCCUAGCGUGUUUAACGUUAGGGUUGGUGUCCAGGGAUAAGGAAGGCCGUGCAGGAAGUCUAGCAGGACCAGAACUAGAACAUCAGGCACCCCAUGAAGUCGACGCCUGUCCAAACUCAUACUUCUCCACCAAAAUGCCUUACUCGAGCCUCUACGAAGACCAGACCAGGGUUCCGAAGACAUUUGCAGAGACUGCAGCCAGAAGAGCCAGUCCUCCAGCAAAUAGUCCGAGGAUCUCUCGAUCGCGGAGCCUAGAUCGCAGUUCCGAGGUUCGACUGCAAUCAACGAGCGACUCCAGGAUCGAGAGAAGGCAAUCCGAUCGAAAAACAACCGAUCUCUCCAGACUCAGAUCCCGAAGCCAGGAAUCACUGAGACGCUCGUCGAGUCCGAUCAGACUUUCUAGAUCCUCGGACCUCGAUGCACGCUCCGCAUCCCGACUCUUGGAUCGUAGCUCGCGCAGCACUGAACGAAGAUCGGCUGUCGACCGACGGGAACAUCGCGAAACUCUGGCACCUAGGCUUUCCGAACGGCGAGAACGAUCCACCGAUCGAUUGAACGUUAGGGACCGUAGAUCUCUCUCUAUGGAACGACGCGAAUCGACUCUGAAUCGUGAAACUAGCCGGGACGAUCGUAGAGAGGUUCGAGAACGCCGGGCUAGAUCCUUGGAUCGUCGUGUACCGAAUUUGGAACGCCGCUUUAACCAGAACCGGGAAAUCGCUCGCGAAGAUCGUCGAAGGACCUUGGUAAAUCGCGUGGACAGACGCGCUGAAGAUCGUAGAUCAUUGGCGAAUGAUCGUCAAGUCCGUUCGGUUUCCGAUGAAGAGCGACGAAACGUUCGGUCUGUCUCGGACGAACGACGAAAUUCUGACGCGUCGAGAAACCAAGAGAGUCGAUCGCGGGCCUUAGAAAGAACCUCAACUAAUUCCAGAAGCAAUAGACAAUAUUCUCGAUCCCUGGAUCGUCUAAAUUCGCGGACGAUGAACGGCCUACCUGAUCGAAGACUGUCGAAACGCUCGGCAAGCGUGGAAGAACGACGCGAAAGGAGCACGCUAAAUUCCCGCGAACGAUCCAUGGACCGGCAAACUUCCGAUUCUCGUCGCGAGAAGAUCGAUCGAUCCCUUAGAAUCACUGACAGUCGAAAUCGUAUACAAUCGGCAACCAGACAGGCCUCCAAAUCAGAUCUCGAUCGCCGUGCUGCUGUUCGAUCGGAAAGACGAGAAGAGAGUAACGAACGAAGGGAAAGGAUGGCCAGAUCGGAUCGCCGAUUGGACGCUGGAUCGAACGAAAGACGCGAAUCUCGAUCGUUGGAACAAUCUAGGGUGGAUCGAUUCUCCCGAAACCGUCUUGCCAGGUCGUCCGAGAGUGUGAAACGCGACGUAGAUCAACGAGUAAGGGAUCUCUCUACCGAGCGACUAUUGAAACGUAGGAUACUCCUGGAUUCAAAUCGCCAAGAAAUAAGGACCGAGCGAUCAAGGAUCAACAAUCUGGAACGACGAGAAAGAUCGACCCGACUUAAUGCAGACCGUCAGGCUCGGGAAUCAAGAGAACGAGUUGCUAGGUCUUCUGAACGCGAUUUGGACCGGCGAGUAAGGGAUCUGUCUAGCGAUCGACGAUCAGAGAUCAGGGAAGAUUCUAGGAGAUCUGUGGAAAGACAAACGUAUACCGACGCGAAACGUCAAGGAACUAGGACCGAGCGAUCCAGGAUUAACAAUUUGGAACGGCGAGAAAUACGGACACGAGAUUCGCAAGAUCGAGUUGCCAGGGCUUCCGAACGACGAGCCAGGGAUUUAUCUGGUGACCGGCGAUCCGAACGCAAGGCAGCUGUGGAAUCUAGAUCGUUGGAACGUCGGGAACGUCAGGAAAUUAGGAGUGACCGAUCCAGGCUGAACAAUUUGGAACGUCGAGAGGAAACGAGAAGAAUUGUGCUAACUCGACGAGUACGAGUUGAUCUUUCUAGGACACCCGAAACAGCUAAACGCGACUUGGACCGACGUGUUAGGGAUUUAUCCGCGGAACGUAGAUCUGAACGCAGAGCAGCCGCAGAAUCUCGAUCAUUGGAACGUCGGGAACAUCGGGAAUCUAGGAAUGACCGAUCCAGGAUGAACAAUUUGGAACGUGUUAGGGAUCUUUCGACUGACAAACGUACGGAACGCAGGACAACUCUAGAAUCUCGAUCAUUGGAACGUCGCGAGCGUCAGGAAAUCAGGAAUGAUCGCUCCAGGAUUGAUAAUACGGAACGUCGAGAAGAACCGAGACGAGUUGUGCUGGCCCGACGAAUCAGGACCGAUCUUUCUAGGACACCCGAAGCUUCCAGACGCGUCUUAGAGCGACGUGUUAGGAGUCUAUCGGCUGACAGACGAUCGGAACGUAAGGCAACUGUGGAAUCUAGAUCAUUGGAACGUCAGGAAAUUAGGAAUGAUCGCUCCAGGAUCAGUAAUUUGGACCGAGUUAGGGAACAAUCUUCUGACAGACGAAUGGAGCGUAGGGCAACUAUGGAAAUCAGGUCUCUGGAACGUCGAGAACGUCAGGAAAUCAGAAGUGACCGAUCCAGAAUCAACAAUAUGGAACGUCGAGAGGAACCGAGACGAGUUGUGCUUGCCCGACGAAUCAGGACUGAUCUUACUAGGACACCCGAAGCUUCCAGACGCGUCUUAGAGCGACGAGUUAGGGAUCUAUCGGCUGACAGGCGAUCGGAACGUAAGGCAACCGUGGAAUCUAGAUCGUUAGAACGUCGAGAACGCCAGGAAAUCAGGAACGAUCGCUCCAGGAUCAACAAUUUGGGACGUAGAGAAGAAACCAGGCGAUUAACAUUAUCACGUGAAUCAAGAAUCGUUCUUUCCAGGACACCCGAGGCAUCUAAACGCGACUUGGAACUGCGAGUUAGGGAGCUAGCCACUGAUCGACGAACAGAACGCAGGGUAGUCGUUCGUGCUAGAUCUUUGGAAAGGAAACUCGACGACAAUGACAGACGCAGAGAAAUCAGGCUCGACGGACGAUCAGAACGUCGAUCAUCCAUGGAUCUCGCCAGACUGAACUCCGCGAAUCGUCAAGAAAUUAGAACCGAUCGUCGUUUAUCAGAACCAGCUACGCUUAAUUUGGAACGCCGGGAAAGAUUAAAUCGGUUGCAUUUAGCCCGCGAAUCUCGUACCAGGACUUCCGAAGCUACCACUCGCAAUUUGGAACGUCGCGUAAGAGAUUUGUCAGCUGAUCGCAGAACAGAACGUCGGGUACUCGAUGCUGGAAGGCUGACUAGAUCCUCGGUUGCUCUGAAUCGUCGGGAAAUAAUCGAUCGAAGCCUGGAUUCUGGACGACUCCUGCGACAAAAGAUGGAUGUUAGUCGAUUGCAACGAAGCAACGAUCAUGCAAAUGAUAUUCAACGGAGACAAAGACUGAUAGCUACUCGAAGAUCCUUGAAUGAUGUCCGACGGUCUCGCCUGGUGGAUCUGAGUGACUCCCGCGAUUCAAGGAAAGAUUCGAUGGACUCCCUUCGACAUCUUAAGUCAUCCCGAUAUCACAGGAUCUCUGAUUUCGAUGAUGUCUCUUCGAGGUUGAAGACCCCGGGCAGCGUUCUGAAAGAAGAAGACUCUGUGACAGAUAACAUGGUUCUCGAAAUUCUACGCCAGGCAAUUGUAAUUGGUCUCUGUGCUCUCUAUGGACUGUCCAUCUUCCGUAGAAAGGAUUCUUUUAUUAGCAACCUCGGGAGACAGGCCCAGCGCUUAAUUCUAUGGUAAACGAAGGAGUCCACCCUUUCUACACAAACGACGAUCCGCUAUUUCCAACCUGCUUCUAGUCGUUGUUCUAGUGUAAUAAUCCCACGUGUUGUAAUUGCAAUUGUCUUCGAUCUGUAAAAUAAUAGAAUCGUUAUAUUCGAUGUAGACGCCUAUAACUAGAAAGAUAUAUUUUGCCUGAAUAAAUUGUUCAAAUCAAA